AAGUGGCCUCCUUACUUGGUCAUGAUUGACUAAACAGUACCGAAGCCACUGUAUAAGAUGACGAUUGGCAAAUGGCUUUUUAGGUCGAGAUUGAUAUAAUUAUUCGCAUUUCGUUGUCUGAGUCUGAUUUGGAGUUAAUUUCUUCUCUUUCCAAAACCCCAGCAUAAUAGUCAUUAUGUAUUUUCAUUACGUAUUUCUUCGUUCAUUUCUUCGUUAAAACAACUUGCAGUUUAUCUUUGCUAUUUCGAAAUAUAUUCUCGGAAGUGUCUUCCUUAUUUGGUCAUCCUUGACAGCUGUGAAACUGAAAGUGCUGUGUGGCAGAAGUUUGAAAGGCUUUGCACUUGUUCAAGAUGUCGAUGUUUGAGGCCGAUUUGGAGCUUAUUUCUGCUGGUUUCACGGCGGUUCUCGGCUAUCAAGUUGUCCCACCGAGUCGUGGUCAUGGUUUGCCUAAACUUUCUGUCCAGGAAUUGCUUAAGUGUACUUAUGUACCACGUUCAAUGGAGGGCAUUGACACUGGCGAAGUGUUUGAUAUUAAUGUAAAAUGUAUAAAUGGUUGGCAAAUAACAAUACAAGUAACAUACGACCACACCAUCGCUAAUAUAAAGGCUGACAUUGAGAUCAACCACGACAUCCCCGCGAGGGACAUAAGAUUGAUGUUUGAUGGGAGCGCUGUGGAAGAUCACCAAAGUGUACGAGACAUCGGCAUUCCAAAGGGGGGAAGAUUGUUUUUAAUGUUACGACUUAGAGGUGGUUGUCCUGAAUUUCAGUUGGACCCUGACUUAUUGGACCCACCGUACGACUAUGAUUUUACCUACGUUAGGGAAGAUGGGAAUGUUUAUUGUCGAGGUGGAAAGGAGUACAAGAGGCCAUAUGGAUGGAAGAGAAUUGCCUUGAAGGUUCUUGGCAAAUAUGAAGAUGACACUUGGCUUGGACCAGACGGAAUACGUACACAGGGAGCCCUAGGUGAAUGGCCUGUAAGCUACCACGGGACAGACAUACAGGCAGCCCGAUCAAUCAUUGCUUCUGGCUACAGGCCCGGUCCAUGGUGGUUCAUACUUGGUAAAGCGAUCUAUUCUAGUCCUUCUCUAGACAUGGUGGAGCAGCACUAUGCAAAAAGCUUUGAACAUGGAGGCAACACUUACAAGAUUGCCCUUCAAAAUCGUAUCAAUCCUUCUCCAGGCCACUUUGAAGCCGUUCCUGCAGCGAAGACAUGGACAGGGGCCGAGCAUUGGUUAUCGCCGAAGCAUGACACAGAGAAGAACAUUCAUGAUAUUAGGCCUUAUGGUCUGUUGUUUAAAAAUAUCGGUAGUUAUUGUAACUUACAAUAAGCCAUCUGAGAUAGACACACAACAUAAACGGAAUAAGACAUAAGUGGGAAAUUGCACAUGUCCGUUAGAGAUAUCAUCUGUGAUAAUGGACUCUUAUUGCAAUCCAUAAACUCAAGUGUGCAAAGUAUAUUUUACAGUAGCCAAGUGCACUUAGUAACUCGAGAUUGUUAACAAUCUAUAGAUGGAACGCGAGUUGGUAGCAUAUCCAGUGUAGCCGAUUGUAUUUAUAGCGAUUAUUAUAACUAGUUGUUUCUAAUUUAAAGUUAAGCUGGAUCAAGGAAAAUUUGCAAAAUACUUAAUCGGUUUCAUCAUGUAAAUCACUAUAUCACAGUAUAGGGAGUGAUUGUUUUAGUUGUUGGUCAAGUUUAAAAGUUGACGAGACCGAAAGUUCUAAGUCGAACUUUGCGUUCUCGUCGUCAGCGAGUUAAAUAUAGCGCUUUUCAUCUCAUACGAUCGAAAUAAAAAAACUUAAUUCUCGGAAUCAGAAUUAAUAAUGCAUGCUAGAGUGGGUUUCAUUAACCCGCAAACCGAAGUGUUGUCAGGUGUAAUACAUCAUAAAAAAUAAUAAUAAAAGGUGCACAAUAAAUAGUCACAAAGUAUGACA